AUGAGUGAGUCUAAAGAUAGAGCAGCCUUUAUGAUGAUCAAUGAGGCUAAGGCACGUAUGUCGGACAAGCCUGUCCCUGCCAUCAUCAAAGGUCUCCUAGAGGUGGACCCCAGUAAGAGGUUGACCUGUUGCGAUGCAUACGACAGACUGAACAAACAUAAGGACAAGGAGAACUCUAUCAUUGAAGACACAAUGCCUGUGAAGCCUUUGAAGGAUUAUUUCGGCAACUACGACAUCCUAGACCUCAUCAACAUUGACGAGUUCGAUGAAGAUGAUCCUUAUCUUUCUGAUUUCGAUAUCGAUGAUUAUAUGAGGGACGAGAUGCGUAUCAUGGAGGUCGUGGGAUGGUGUGCUUUUGUACAGCCUGUAUCGAGUCAGGCUGAGGUGGAUCGUUUGGUUGGUAAUGCAGUGAGUAAGAGAUCUCUGAAAGGUAAGAGGAAAAGGAAGGCAGAAAAACAAAUUGAGAAGAGGCGAAAGCACGCAACGAGAGCUCAAUACGGAGGAGACACCGUCGAUAGUGAUGAUGAUUAA